AUGUGCCUGUUACUUUAUGAAAGGCAACUUAUCGCAGAAGAAUAUGACAUUACGAUUUCUGAAAUUAGAGAUUGUAUUGAAUGUUAUAACUGUUUCCCUCUUUUGUGUAAAUCUUUUGAAAAUGAAGAUACUACGGAUACAAAAGCUUUCUUUAACCACCCAUUCAAAGUGUUUGAGAAGCAGUUAAAAAUGUUGGACACUGGUCAAUUAUGUGCAUUAUUGACCUUAUUAAUGUUUAAUGGUGAAGUACAGGAAGUAAUGAUCACAGGAGAUAUACAACCGGCUGUAAAAGAUGUAAUAGAAAACACAUGCAAUGCCUGUAAUUUGAAUGCGCAAAAUUCAUUCAUGACUAUACACAAAGAACUUGAAAACUUUAUUGAUACAUAUGUCGUGAAAACGGGAGGUGUUUACCAUGUCCUAAAUGAGAGCAUAUUCAAUGUCUUACUGCAUUACUUUGGUCAGUUAAUGACAGAACUAUUAAUAAUGUACGCGUGUACCUCGUUUGUAAAAGAAAGGUUUCAGUUGUCAGUUCCGUCAACAAAUAAGGACGAUUAUCAGGUGGGCUUAUAUGUAAAUAGUGAACAAAAAACAAAUACGCUACUUUCACAUGUGUUAUGGGAUAAAAUUGGUUUCAAUGCAGUUAUCUUGCGUAGUGACGAGUAUCGCAAAAAAUAUAUCAAGCGAAUGGUAGAUGACUGGUCGAAAGGAUAUGUGAAGGAUGUUUUUGAAAAUCCAAAUAUAUAUCACUUUUGUUUCUUUAAAUACAUUGAUUCUAUUGUUGGAAAUGACCUCGGACAUCUAAUGAAAAAAACAGACAUUGUUAAUGGCUCGACACCUAUGAUUGUACACUGUAAUUUUUUUUAUUUUGUGAAUUCUCCAAACUGUUACGACGCUGUUUUGCUUUGGCUAAUUAACAAUGGAUGUCCAAUAAAUGGAGCCAAUAAUAAUGGUGAGACGGCUGUUUUUUGUGCUGCACGCAAUGGGAACUUUCAUAUGAUACAAGUUUUGGUCGAUAAUAAAGCGGAUUGUAAUAUUUGCGAAAUUAAAAAUGGACAUUCGCCAUUAUUCGUAGCCUGUGUGAAAGGUUACAAAGGAAUAGCAAAACUUUUGCUUCAAUCUGGAGCUAACUGUAAUGUGAUUUCAAUGGAAGGAAAUACUCCAUUGCAUGCUGCAUGCUGUAAUGGACAUACUUCUAUUGUGACCGAACUACUUACACGCGAUGCAGAUUUAGGUAAAACAAAUAACAACGGAGAGACACCACUCGAUAUGGCUCGUCUUUAUGGACGUCGUCAUACUCUAUCAACAAUAAUAGGCAGCCAUAUCGAAAUUGAAUUGGAUUAA